AUGCUGGGUGCGCAGCUGGCGGCCGGCCCGGCCGCCAGCGGCCUGGCCCUGUCGCCGCCCGAGGUGCAGCAGCUGUCUCGCGCCCCCACCAGCGGCGCCGUUAAGGGCCUGCCGCGCUUCGACCCAUACAUCAUGGAGACUUACCUGGACGACCUGAGGGACCUGAAACGCCAGGUGUAUGACCUUUUCAAGUUUCGGCCGGAGCUGCUGCCCGUGGUCGAGGAGGGCAUGAGCAAGGAGGAGCACCGGAGCCUGGUGCGGGCCCAGCUGCGGGCGCUGCUGGAGGCCGGGGUCAACCCUUUGACUUACUUUGACCGCGACUACAAGAAGUACUUCUACCUUGCUGAGUGCCUAUCUCUCGUGGACCUCAGCCUUAUGGUCAAGUCAGGGGUGCAGUUCAGCCUCUGGGGCGGCAGCGUCCUGAACCUGGGCACCGAGCAGCACCGCCGCAAGUACUUUGACGACAUCGGGGCCUUUCGGCUGCCCGGCUGCUUCGCCAUGACAGAGCUGGCGCACGGCAGCAACGUGAGGCGCGGCUGGUUUGGGUGA